GGCGCGGGGUGAGAGGGCGGGAAGAUGGCGGCGGCCUUGGGGGAGGAGGUGUCGGACAACGAGGACUACUACUCGCUGCUGAACGUGCGGCGGGAGGCCUCUCAGGAAGAGCUGAAAGCUGCCUACCGCCGGCUGUGCAUGCUGUACCACCCAGACAAGCACAGAGACCCAGAGCUCAAAACGCAAGCUGAGCGGCUGUUUAACCUUGUUCACCAAGCUUAUGAAGUGCUUAGUGAUCCACAGACCAGAGCCAUCUAUGACAUAUAUGGGAGGAGAGGACUGGAAAUGGAAGGAUGGGAGGUUGUGGAGAGGAAGAGAACUCCAGCUGAAAUCAGGGAAGAAUUUGAGCGUUUGCAGAGAGAGAGGGAAGAGAGAAGAUUGCAGCAGCGAACUAAUCCAAAGGGAACAAUUAGUGUUGGAAUAGAUGCCACUGACCUGUUUGAUCGCUACGACGAGGAGUACGAAGAUGUGCCUGGGAGCAGCUUUCCCCAGAUUGAGAUAAACAAAAUGCACAUAUCCCAGUCCAUUGAGGCACCACUAACUGCCACAGACACAGCAAUACUUUCUGGUAACCUUUCCACCCAGAAUGGGAAUGGAGGUGGAUCGAUUAAUCUUGCUCUGAGACGAGUGACAUCUGCCAAGGGAUGGGGAGAGCUGGAGUUUGGAGCAGGAGACCUUCAGGGACCUCUCUUUGGGAUGAAGAUAUUCCGUAAUCUUACGCCAAGAUGUUUCAUCACUACAAACUGUGCCCUGCAGUUUUCAUCCCGUGGGGUCCGCCCCGGCCUCACCACGGUCCUGGCCCGCAACCUGGACAAGAACACGAUGGGGUACCUGCAGUGGCGCUGGGGCAUCCAGUCAGCCAUGAACACCAGCAUCGUGAGGGACACCAAGAGCAGUCACUUCACCGUGGCCCUGCAGCUGGGAAUCCCUCAUUCUUUCAUGAUGGUCAGUUAUCAGCAUAAGUUUCAGGAUGAGGAUCAAACACGAGUGAAAGGUUCUCUCAAGGCGGGUUUCUUUGGGACCAUAGUGGAGUACGGCGCAGAGAGGAAGAUUUCCAGACACAGCGUUUUAGGAGCCACUGUCAGUGUUGGUGUUCCCCAAGGAGUGUCUUUGAAAAUCAAGUUGAACAGGGCUAGCCAGACCUACUUCUUCCCUGUCCACCUAACAGAUCAGCUGCUUCCCAGUGCUGUAUUCUAUGCCACUGUAGGACCUCUAGUUAUCUACUUUGCCAUGCAUAGGCUAAUCAUCAAACCCUACCUCAGGGCACAGAAGGAGAGAGAGCUAGAGAAGCAGAGGGAGAGCACAGCCAGUGACAUCCUUCAGAAGAAGCAGGAGGCUGAAGCUGCGGUGCGGUUAAUGCAGGAGUCUGUCCGGAGGAUAAUUGAAGCAGAGGAAGCCAGAAUGGGUUUGAUUGUGGUGAACGCCUGGUAUGGAAAGUUUGUUAAUGACAACAGCAGGAAGAAUGAGAAGGUGAAAGUAAUAGAUGUGACUGUGCCCCUGCAGUGCUUGGUGAAAGACUCCAAACUCAUCCUUACAGAGGCAUCCAAGGCUGGGCUGCCGGGUUUCUAUGACCCUUGCGUGGGUGAGGAGAAGAACUUGAAAGUGCUUUAUCAGUUCCGAGGAGUUCUGCACCAAGUGAUGUCAGCUGACAACGAGGCCCUUAGGAUACCAAAGCAAUCUCACAGAAUCGAUGCAGAUGGUUAAUGUGGUGGGAGUGUGCGUCCAUCUCGGUACCUGGGUCAGUGGAACCUGCCAAACCUUCCCCCGGACGCCGCACGUCUGAACAGAGACAUUUCUAUUUGUACUCUCCAUAUAGCAGGUGGUGUCCUGCCAGUUAUGUAGGAGACAAAAUGAGAGAACCUGCUUCUACGGGUGGCUCCAAGGCAAUACUUCUCUGAAUUGUGGCUCAGUAACCAAUAAAGCAACGUGGCUGUGACGUGCAGUGCUGUCUGCUGAGCCGUGCGAGCGGCGCUGGGCUCCCGCUGCCCCCACCCACGCUCCGCUUCGCAGUCUCACGGGUGUCUGCUUGCACUGAGCAGGGAAGGUGACCUGUUCUCACUUCUCCACAUGCUUCCUGGGGCAGGUAGCGUACCAUUUCUGCUCCUGAGGGGAAGUUGAGUUCUCUGGCCACUUCCUGGAAGGCAUCUGGGUAAAUCCUUCUGUUGGAAAGAGGACAGAGAUUGUUUUCCAUCUCAACUCUGUAUUUGAAAUGUACUUGUUAAGAACAAGUAUGUUUGGAAUUAAGUUCUUUGCCUUUUGUAGUAACAUGGACCUCUUCAGCUGAAUCCAUCCAGCUGCUCAUUUCAAACACUGCUCUUCCAGACAAGGACCACGGGAUGUAAUGGUCUUGUUGAUUCUUCAUAGGAUCACAGAAUGGUGGGAGUUGGAAGGCACCUUGAGGGUCAUCCAGUCCAACCCCUCUGCCAAAGCAGGUCACACAGGAACGUGUCCUCGUGGGUUUUGAAGACCUCUAAAGACAGAGACUCCACACCCUCCCUGGGCAGCCUGUGCCAGGGCUCCCUCACCUCACAGUGAAAUAGCUUUUCCUUAUGUUUAAAUGGAACUUUUUGUGUUCCAGCUUCUUUGCAGCACCCCUUGUCCUGUCACUAGAUACAAUUCUUCUGCCACCUAGAACCAUCAAAGCUUCCAAGAAAAGAGGAAAGCAAGUAGGGGAGAAGGACAGCAAUUCAUUUCAUUUACUUCUGAUGCUCUAACUGUCUCUUCACAUGAAACCUAUUUUUGAAAAAAAAGAGGAACAAAGUUUAUACCAGUAAACGAGACCCAGGGCAGGACACAGGCCAAAGGGGCAGAGAGCUGAAGACAUAAAAUUCAGCUGCCCUGUCUUAAAAAGCAUCAGUUAUGACAUAAAUCCAUUGGAUUAAUCUUGCAUAGAAGCCUUGCCAGUGAUUUACCAGCAAAAAGGGCAUUCCUGCUGUAGUGACACAGCAGAUGGAAGUGGCAGCCUUGCACUAUCUGCUCACGCUGCCUCUGUCAACAUGACCAUGGCUUUCUGCUAAUGAAUAA